AUGAAGUGGUGUUACGUGAUUGGAUGCACGUGUAAAAUUACUUUAUACUGACAAUGCAUCAAAAUUAAAUUCUAACAAAAAUAUUAAACAUCCAAAAUCAGUAAAUUAGUGAUACAAACCCCAGAAUACCCCUACCAGUAUGUACAGCACCCCACUCUGUAUUCACUCCCUACUCCAAAAUCCCUAGUCUUCUCCCGCAGACCCCGGUCAGUCUCUCACUCUGUCAAACACCACAACGGCUGCCCAUUUCUUUGUCCAGCAUCACUCCUAUCUCUUCACUGCGGCUGCUGCUACGUCUUCUCUCUCCACCGUUGCCGUUGCUAUGUAAUGUCUCUCCACCGAGGCUGCAACCUGUGACCUCGUCGCCGAUCUACUCUCCUCUGCUGUUAUGUGCCUCUCUCCGUCACUGUUGUGCUCUUUGCUCACCCAGUCUCGAUAAUUUCCUCUGUACUCUCUCUCGCCGCCAAUCAGAUCUCUCCACCGGUCAGUUCUUGAUUUAUCUCGGAGUUCCACUGACUCACUGAUUCCAACCAUCAAAACCCUAUCUCGGAUCCAUACCCUACAACAUGGCUUCCGAUGCUGAUAUGGAGGACUAUGGAUUUGAGUACUCUGAUGAGGAGCAAGAGGAGCAAGAUGUUGAUAUUGAGAAUCAAUAUUACAAUUCGAAAGGUUUGGUUGAAACUGAUCCAGAAGGUGCACUUUCUGGUUUUGCUGAGGUAGUGCGCAUGGAACAAGAAAAGGCUGAAUGGGGAUUUAAAGCUCUAAAACAAACCGUCAAGCUCUACUAUCGACUUGGGAGAUAUAAAGAGAUGAUGGAAGCCUACAGGGAGAUGUUGACUUAUAUUAAGUCUGCAGUGACUCGGAACUACAGUGAAAAAUGCAUAAACAGCAUUAUGGACUAUGUCUCAGGUUCAGCUAGCCAGAACUUUGGUCUUCUGCAAAAAUUCUACCAGACAACUCUGAAAGCCCUUGAAGAAGCAAAGAAUGAGAGAUUGUGGUUUAAAACAAAUCUGAAGCUUUGUAAGAUUUUCUUUGAUAUUGGUGAAUAUGGACGAAUGAGCAAGAUCUUGAAGGAACUUCACAAAUCUUGCCAAAGAGAAGAUGGCACAGAUGACCAUAAGAAAGGAACCCAACUGUUGGAGGUUUAUGCAAUAGAAAUCCAGAUGUACACAGAGACCAAGAACAACAAAAAACUCAAGCAACUUUACCAGAAAGCACUUACUAUUAAGUCAGCUAUUCCCCAUCCAAGAAUAAUGGGGAUAAUCCAUGAAUGUGGGGGUAAAAUGCAUAUGGCAGAGCGCCAGUGGGCAGAAGCAGCUACUGACUUCUUUGAAGCUUUUAAGAAUUAUGAUGAAGCUGGGAAUCAUAGGCGGAUCCAAUGCUUGAAGUACCUUGUUCUUGCCAACAUGUUGAUGGAGUCUGAAGUGAAUCCUUUUGAUGGACAGGAGGCUAAGCCAUACAAGAAUGACCCGGAAAUUUUGGCAAUGACAAAUUUGAUAGCAGCCUAUCAACGGAAUGAAAUAUUGGAAUUUGAGAAAAUACUGAAGAGUAACAGAAGAACCAUCAUGGAUGAUCCAUUUAUCAGAAAUUACAUUGAGGAUCUGCUAAAGAAUAUCAGAACACAAGUCUUGCUUAAGCUCAUCAAACCAUAUACAAGGAUAAGGAUACCAUUUAUAUCUAAGUUGGUUAACUGGCUAAGUGAAGGGUUGUGCUGUUGCUUUCUUAUUGCUUCCUUUAAUGAACUGAACGUUCCCGAACAUGAUGUUGAGCAGCUGCUUGUGUCACUGAUUCUGGAUAAUAGAAUUCAAGGACACAUUGAUCAAGUGAACAGGCUCUUGGAACGUUCUGAUAGGUCGAAAGGAAUGAAAAAGUACACUGCCAUAGACAAAUGGAACACACAGCUAAAAUCUCUCUAUCCAAUAAUCAGCACUAGAGGUUAGACAUUGGUGUGUGGUGGAAAGGGAUAUCUGUAUUGUUGCUUCAGCAUGCAGUUUUGUCGUGUGAAUUAACUUAGCUUCUAUGCAGAGUUAGGAAAGAAUUACUAAAUAGUGGGAACCAAAGUGAAAAUGCAACUCGUGAUUCAUGUUUUGCGUUAUUUGGAAACAAUUUUAAAGGUGCUCAAGGUUGUGUAGAAGGGUUUUGAUGCUCCGUGGCACUGUUCCAAUUUAUUCGUCGUUUAGUAAAAUAUAAUGCUACAACCGGUGUCGAUAUAUAAUUAUAUACAAAAAUGCUAUUCGUACGCCAAAAUCAGCCAUUAAAAUCAGCCAUUAAUAUAUUUUUGUAUAAAUACAUGUGUAAUUUAAUUUAUUUUCAACGUGUAUUUGUAUUUUAGUAUGUAUUUUAUAGUAGUGGCUGAUUUUGGUGAUUGAUUUUGGUGUAUACGUAGCAUAGCCCAUAUAUAUAUUAUAUGAAAAUAAAAUGUGGGUGGUUUUAGAUUUAUUAUAGCUUUCUUUUGGCAGUCUGCGAGAGACAAGGAGUUACUGUUCUUGUCUUAUCGUUUGUGUUACUUGUGAGGUGAAUCUUUAAGAUAUUGGUGUUGCUUCAAACAUUGUUGGCGGUAAACUCCCAUCAAUGUUGUACUGGCCAUAAACAUAAUACACUCCUGAUGAGUGAUGGCCUUUCUAGGUGCCGUGACUAAGAACAUUGAUGCCUUGCCCUAGCAAGCAAGCAUGCUAAAAGGAUUUCAGAUUGUAAAUUGAACCAAUUUUUGGGGGGUUGGCC